GUGGGGUUCCCAUUUCCUCGCCUCCCUCCCCUCGAAUCAAAGAAGAAGAAAAUACUCCUCACCUCCAUUCCGAGCCCCGCCGCCACCUCCCAAAAUCCCGAGCGCUUCCGACUCCGAGAUCUGAGAGCUCUGCCACCGCCACCUCCCAAAAUCCCGAGCGCUUCCGACUCCGAGAUCUGAGAGCUCCGCCACCGCCACCUCCCAAAAUCCCGAGCGCUUCCGACUCCGAGAUCUGAGAGCUCCGCCACCGCCACCGCCGCCGCCGUCCCCGUCCCCGUCCCCAUCCCCACACCCGGAUAUGCUGCGUGUCCUCUCGAAGUCCCUCUCCACGGUCGCCCGCGCUGGGCCGGCGACCUCUGACUCCCUCCUCAGCGGCCAUCGUGCUGCUGCCGGCGAGAUUCUCCCAGGGCCGGUUCCCACCCACGGCCUGCUCACUCCUCGCCGCGGGAUGGCCACGGGGCGGAUCGAACAAAUGAUAGCAUACGGAGAUGUCGACCUCCGCGACAAGGGGAUGAUGAUUGCCGAAGACUACUACAAACUGAACAAGAAGAAGGUGAUCUACCACACCCCCAACAAGCUUGUCACAGGACAGAAGGGUGCUUUGUUCCCUACAGUGCAUGAUGAUACUGCCUUCACCUUCCACUCGGCCACUGGGCUUGUGGUUCAGAACCACCUCAACCAUGUAUCUGUCUCCAAGGCGUUGCUUGAUGAAAACAACUGGCUGAUAUCUAAGAAGACUGGCGAGUAUGCGUUUGCAAAGCUGGACGACUGGAACAUUGCCCUACUGACCCCAGAACGAGAGCUAGGCGACUUCAGAGCAUUGCACUCAAGGUUUGUGAAGAUCCUGCAUCAGACAAAUGGCAGGGAUUAUGAGGACAUGUUGCUGCCCGACUUCAAGGACUUUCUUGGGAAGCUGAUCGCUGAUGACCUCAAGGUCCAGCACAUUAUUUGCCAUUCCUUCUUCUUACCGUGCCUCUCCAAGUUCCUUCUAAGGAUACUUCUUGACGUGAAACUGAAGCGGCCACUGCUAACCGCUGACUGCCCGAAGCGCCACGACAUCAAGAAGAUGUUUGUCGAGAUGCCCUAUGUCGAUGUGGAAGGCAAUGUGCUCCGGGAGAUUGUGGAGAAGAACGUCUUCCUCCGUUCCUGGCAGAAACGUUUGGAUGAAGACAAGGCCAGAUGGAGCCUGGAGGAGCCAGAGAAGACCAAGAGAGCACUGGGCUUUGAUGAAGAAAAGGCCGGAUGGAGCUUUAUGGAGCCAGAGAAUAUGGCACUGAGCAUUGAUCAAGAAGAGGCAAGAUGGGGCUUGAUCGAGCAACAGAGGACUGGGAGACCACUAGAUCCACUUGACCCUAGAGUUCUGAUUGCGAGCAAGCUCACUGGUAGAAAAAUGGCCUAUAGUCCCGGUUCGUAA